AUUGGAAAUCAUCGUAGUUCAUCUAGAUCACAAAUUUGGUGUAAAAAAAUUAAUCAUAUUUCCCUUUCCCGUUAUAUUUUUUCGACAUUAUUUUUAUUUGUUAAAAUAAAAGAUGUUUUAUCUUAUAAAUAAGUAAAAGUUUGUUUUCUAAACAUUUCCUAUACUUUUGUUUUGUUAUUUACAUCAUCAGGUAUAAAACGCAAAGAAAUAUAUCCCAAAUUAAUUUUUUAAACUCAACUAGAACAUUUUAUAAUUUAGCACAACUACUAGUACUUCCUCUGUUUCUGAGAAAAAGAUUUUAUAGAAUAUUCACGCAUAUUAAAAAUAUAAUAAAUAUUUACAGUUAAAUUUAUUGUUUAUUUUAAUAUACAUUUUUUAAUAACCAUCAACCAAUAAUAUUUAAUCAAUUCAAAUAUUUUCAAUUAGUUUUUCUUAAAAAUAUACAAUUAUCAACAUUAACUACUAUAAAUACUUUAAAAUUCUAGAAAAUCUAUUAUUUUGGAACAAAAAAACAACUCUAAAAAAUCGUUUUUUUUAGGAAGAGUGAGAGAGUAUUAUUUUGCAUUUUAUGAAUUUCUUUUAGUAUAUAGUUUUACGUGUAUCGAUAUCCCACGUAACAUGUGUGCUUUUAAUGCAAAAGAGAAAGUCUCCAAAAUACAAAAAGCUUAAAGAUUUUGGUAAAGGCUAUAAGAAACGGUGACUGGUGAUGUAAUAAGAUUCUCUCUCUCUAUAGGUCAAAAAAGUUUUAACCCAAGAGCUCUUCUCCUUUACAGUCUUUCUCUGUGUAUGCGCGCGUGAGAGAACAGCUUAAUUAGAAAAAUAAAAAAACCAAAUCUUUGCUUCAUAUCUUUUGGCUGUAUCCGUAUAUAUGUUGUUUCUUCCUAUCAGAAACUCAGAUUUGUUUCUCAAUGGUGGAAGAAGAAGACAAGUGAUUGGUUCUGUUUCUUGGAGUUUAGUUUCUUAUGAUUCAUUACAUCUGAAAGGGAAAUACAAAUCAAAAUCUCUUUGUUUCUUUCUCUGUCUCUAAGUCCCAAAAGCCCAUUUUCACUUCUUCUUCUUCUAGUUAUUGCUUUGAGAUCAGAUUACAAAUUUGAUUCUUUUGGAGAUGGGAUUUGAAGACAAGAAAAUGCAGAGUAAGAGACACAAUCGUUCCAAGAGCUGGACUGUUCCUGAAAAGAAAAAGCUUGAAGAGGAUAAUAAUAUUAAUAGCAUUGUUUCUUCUCUGAAUGCUUCUCAACGCUUCAAGCUGGACUUACCUCGUUGCUGUGAUAAAUCUGUUAAGGAAGUAAAAGUCCAGAGCUCUCUCAAGCAAGAGAUUCAAGAGCUUGAGAAGAGACUACAGAACCAGUUUGAUGUCCGUGGCGCUUUAGAGAAGGCAUUAGGCUAUAAAACACCUUCUAGAGACAUUAACUCCAAUGCCAACUCUACUCCAAAGCCUGCAACAGAACUGAUAAAGGAAAUAGCGGUGCUAGAGUUGGAAGUUUCACAUUUGGAACAGUAUCUUCUCUCUUUGUACCGUAAAGCAUUUGAUCAACAGUCAUCUUCUGUAUCUCCAAAACAACAGCAGACUCCUAGUUCUCCUAAGUCCACUCUUAGAGGCAAACGUCUGGACUUCUCAACAAUAACAACACCUGAACAACCUCGGUGUGUCUCCUUUGACAACAGACUAAAGAGCCCAUGUAUGGUCAACAAGGAACCAGAUUCUCCCAGCCUUAGCUGCAGACAAGAUAACUUAGCCAUGGAGGAGCCUAGGUGUUUCUCCUUUGACAGUAGACUGAAGGAACCUGGUUCUGCUACUAAGAAACUCAAUCAAGAAGGCUCAACAGAGUGCUUCUCCUUUGACAAUAGACCAAUGCAACCUGGUUCUGCUGCUAGUAAACUCAUUCAAGAAGGCUCAACAGAGUGCUUCUCCUUUGAGAAUAAACUGAUGCAACCUGGUUCUGCUGCUAGGAAACUCACUCAAGAAAGCUCAACAAUCGAUUCACGGUGUUUCUCCUUCGACAAUAGGCUGAAAGAUCAAUCUCUUUACGAGGAGGAGGACAUUGAUUCAUGUGUUCGCCGUUGCCAGUCUACUCUUAACCAACGUUCCACCUUCAACAACCGAAUAUCUCCACCAGAAUACAUACACAAUGGAUCAGAUCACAUAUUCAUGACACCAAACAAGCUAUCAGAGGAGAUGAUAAAGUGUGCAUCAGCUAUAUACUCCAAGCUCGCUGACCCUCCAUCGAUAAACCACGGUUUCUCAUCCCCGGGCUCAUCUCCUUCAUCAACAAGCGAGUUUUCACCUCAAGAACAGUAUGAUAUGUGGAGUCCAAGCUUCAGGAAAAACUCUGCUUUCGAUGAUCAGUUCGAGUUCAGCGGACCUUAUAGCUCAAUGAUCGAAGUGUCACACAUUCAUAGAAACCAAAGGAGAGGACGUGACCUUGACUUGAUGAAUCGAAACUUCAGGUUGAUGAUUAAGCAAUUGGAGAGUGUUGAUCCGAGAAAGCUAACUCAUCAAGAGAAACUAGCAUUUUGGAUUAACAUACAUAAUGCACUUGUGAUGCACACAUUUCUGGCUAAUGGGAUUCCACAGAACAACGGGAAGCGGUUUCUACUGCUCUCCAAGCCAGCUUACAACAUAGGAGGUCGCAUGGUAAGCAUAGAAGCGAUACAAAGUUAUAUUCUUCGCAUCAGGAUGCCUCGUCCUGGCCAGUGGCUGAAGUUAUUACUCAUUCCAAGAAAGUUCAGAACCGGAGAUGAGCAUCAAGAAUAUUCCCUCGACCACUCCGAGCCUCUCUUAUACUUUGCUAUUUGUUCAGGCAGCCAUUCUGAUCCAGCGAUUCGUGUUUAUACCCCCAAGGGAAUCUACCAAGAGCUAGAAACCGCGAAAGAGGAGUACGUUCGUGCAACGUUCGGAGUAAAGAAAGACCAGAAGCUAGUCUUACCAAAGAUCAUCGAGUCUUUUAGCAAAGACUCGGGUUUGAGUCAAGCGGCACUGAUGGAGAUGAUUCAAGAAUGUCUUCCAGAGACAAUGAAGAAAAGAGUAAAGAAACUUAACUCUGGGAGAUCAAGGAAGAGCAUUGUUGAAUGGAUGCCACAUAGCUUCGUGUUUAGAUAUUUGAUAGCCAGAGAACUUGUUAGAUGAAUCUAUUUAUCUGUAAUGUUGUUAUUGGUGAAGUGUAUAGGAUGAGGAUUAUCCGAUUAUAUGUAAUGUGUACUGUAGAAAUAGAGAGAGGGAAAACUGCAUGCCGUUUUCCGGGAUGAUGUUUUGGCUUUGUCGUCUUUGGUACUGUGUACAUACUAAAUCAAUUCCCUUACCUUUUUUAUGACCUUGAGGAUUGAGUGA